AUGAAAAAAGCUGCAACUCAAAAAAAAAGGCGAAGAACAAAAAGAUAUGGACAUGACAUUCCCUCAAUGCACUUCACAGCUUAUUUACCGAGAAUGGAACAAGAGGUAACUAUCGUAACGUCAUCUCAAGGAACACAUUAUGUGACAUCACCUCAUCAGGUGUCACCGUCUGGUGAAUCAACAGCUCAAAAUCAACCACAUCAACGAAAAUCUUUAGCCAUGUGCUUUACGAGUACUGGAGCUGCUUUGUCUCUGCCGCCUAAAAAGAAAGAUAUUUAUCGUCCUUAUUCACUUGAUGAUAGGCCGACACCGUCAUCGCGAUCCUUCGAAUUGAGAAUACCAGCUGAGGAAGAUUUACAUGCAGCACACGCAAUUUUGGACUUGAGCGCUUCUACAGCUUUCUUACCACCACCUAAUCAAUCUCCAUCUUCUUCCUCUUCAUCGAAUCAUCAACAAGUGAACAACAAUAAUGAGAAUCAUGUACAAAAGUCGAACAGCAACAACAACAUUACAAUUAUAUUGUCAAAAUCAGAUGAUCGAUUGCAAACAUCAUUUAAUGGCAUUGCAUCGCCACUUAAUUCGCCUGCCACGUUAACACCACUUAAUGGCAAAUGUGAAAUGAUUCAAAAUGAGAAUGAUAAUAAUUCAAAUGUUAACAUAAAAAAUAAUCAAAAUAUGGAGACGACUCGAAUUGGAUCAAAUCGAACGGUCGCUUACACGUACGAAGCUUUUUUUGUUAGUGAUGGACGUUCGAAAAGAAAGAUGACAGGCGAGGUGGUUCCAAAUGAUAACAAAGCUAAAUACACUUGCACUGAGUGUGGAAAACAAUAUGCAACGUCGAGUAAUCUGUCACGUCAUAAACAGACUCAUCGCAGUCUCGAUUCUCAGUCAGCGAAGAAAUGUCACACGUGCGGCAAAGCUUAUGUUUCGAUGCCUGCUUUGGCAAUGCAUGUUCUUACUCACAAGUUGUCGCAUAGCUGUGGAGUAUGCGGAAAACUCUUCUCAAGACCAUGGCUACUGCAGGGUCAUUUAAGAUCGCACACUGGCGAGAAACCUUAUGGAUGUGCACAUUGCGGCAAAGCAUUCGCCGAUAGAAGCAAUUUAAGAGCUCACAUGCAAACACAUUCCAUCGAUAAGAAUUUUGAAUGUGCACGAUGUCACAAAACUUUCGCUCUCAAAUCUUAUUUGAAUAAACAUUUGGAAUCUGCUUGCUUCAAAGAUGAUCCAGCGGGACUUGAAGCACUUAACUUCAAUAGCAACAGUAAUUGUAGCAUAACUAGUAACUGUAGUGAUAAAUUAGUGAAAAACAACAGCAACACAGCAGCAACGAAUAACAAUGUGAUGAUAACGUCGUUUCUCGGAGCGACACAAACAGCAGCAGCAACGAUUCAACAAUCGAAUAAUAAUAAUAAUAAUAACAGCAACAACAACAAUAACAUAAGCACAAGCAAUACUAUGUCCUGUUUGACAAAACUUAAUCCAACAACAGUCCAAUUAGCUGUCAAUUUUGCUGGGUAACCGUAGCAUGUUGUUUAAUACUAUGUUCCGUCACCCUCACAACAAACACGUCUUUUCAAACUUCUUUUAAAUACAAAAAAAUGAUGAAAAGAAUUUUUAAAAAAUAUGAAAGUCUUUUAGCAAUGAAGCAAUUGAAGAAAAAUAAACAUUUUUUCUCUCUUAUAACUAAACUUAAACGAUAAACAAGAAAAAAUUAAACUAUAACGAAUUGAUUAAAAAACUUUAAGCUAAAGAAAAACCUUUGAAAGUCAUUACUUAUAAUCUUUACAAAAAAUACAAGCAUUAUAUGAAAAAAAAAGUAUUUAUGGCUCUAUAUUUAAAUGCUAUAAUGAAGAGAAGAAAAGUUCUUUUAAGUAAACAAAAUUUCUUUUUUUCCUUUUCAUUGACGAAUACAAUUCACUCAUUCAUUCAUUCAUUCAGGAAACUUGGCGGUUUUCAAAUUGUCGUAUCGAUUUUACAUUAUGUUCCACCUUUAAUUAUGUUGGGAGGUUUAAUUGAGUUGAGGACUUUCCCACACUUAACAAAAAAAAAGCGUUGAGUUUUAAUUUUAACGUGUUAGAAGAAAGAAAGAAGAAAAGAAUGAAAGACAGAGUUUUAGUUGAUUUAGUUUGAGUUUAAGGGAUUUAUACGUCAUACUUAGGUAAUUAAGAAUCAGCAAUACGUCCACUUCUCGUGUUGACAUGAUAUUAACAGUCUUUCUAUUAUGCAAUGAAGUUAAAGUCUCUCGUGGCAGUAGCAAAUCGCAUGUUAAACUGUUAUAUCAUUCUCAUACACCUGAAGUAUUUAAUUAUAGAGUUCUUAGUUUCAACUUGUUUGAUUUUCUCUCUAGUGGAUCUGAAUUGUCUAUAAAGGGAUUUCAGAUUUUU